GAGAAUUGGAAACUUGCCAAUAUUGAUUAUUGACCAUUUUGUCAUUUGAUGAAUUAAGUCUUGUUUUGAGAAUAUCCAAAAAGGCAAGAAUUGAGUCAUGGCCUCCAGUAAUAAUGUAGAGAUAGUUACAGAAACAGAUAGAUGUUUGCGUAUCGUUGAUCAAUUAUCAAAGCAUGACUUUAUAGCCAUGGACGCUGAAGGAGUUAAUUUGGGGAAAGAAGGCCCCUUGACUCUGUUACAGAUCGGAACCGUGGACAACAAAGUUUAUCUUUUUGAUAUUAAAUCAAAGCCAGACUUAUUUAAGAAAGGACACUUAGAAGAUCUAUUACAAUCUGAAAAGACAGUAAAGGUUAUACACUCCUGUGCCGGAGACAGUGCUGCUUUGUUUCAUCAGUUUGGCAUAAAACUGAAAAAUGUGUUUGACACACAGGUGGCUCAUCUUGUCAUUGAGGAAAGCAGAGGACGAAGAUUGCCGUCUUCCAUUAAAUUAUGCGAUGUAUGUCAAAGAUAUGGUGACAAUCCGGAACCUCUCGAACAGAAGGACAAAUUGAUGAUUAAAUGGACGAAAGAAGAUGGAGAAUUAUGGGCUAACAGACCAUUAACAGCUGAAAUGAUCGAAUACGCUAGUAAUGACGUUACAGCAUUGAUACCUACAGUGUAUCAUAAUCAACAACGAAAACUGACGGAAAGCAACUCGUUAAAUGAAUUUGAAAAAAGAGUUGAAGAUGAAAUCAAUUACCAUAUAGAUGAAGCUCCCUCGAAAAGAAGACGAGGAAGAGUUGACGGAAUAGUCGAGUCUAUCAUAUCAGAUAUCGAACGAAAACAUAAAACAGAUAUUAAAUUCGAAGACAUUACAGAUGAGGAUGAAAUAAAUGCGAUACACAAUAUCAGAUUUGACAAAGACGGACUAUCUCCAUUUAUAAUGCGAUUACGAACAGAAGAUAUCAAAGCACAAUUGAAGGAGAUAAGUGAUCAGCUGUCCAAAGAAGGAAAUAGGUUUCUACCGAAGGGGCAAUCAUAUGCAUUCCUUAGGGCUUAUCAGUACCACCCAGAUAAGGAUAUACAAGAAAAAGCCAAACGUCUUCAAAAAUCAUUAGAAACACUAUUUCUAGCUGACAUGGUUAACAAGUACAGUUUGAAUACAGAAAUCAACGUUAUUAAGACAUAUGAGAAAGAUGCAUUGCGGAGUAUUCGACCAAGGAGCAAAGAUGACCGCAAUAUCAACCCCAUACAUUUAUCCCUCUAUUGGAAAAAGCAAGAAAGUGAGAUAGAUUCUGAAAUUGAACAAUUAGAAAUUGCUGGGAGAAACUAUAAUAUACCACAAGGGAAAUAUAAAUGGAUUAGGUAUAAUUGCAGUGACAAUGUACCAAGCAGAAUACAAAUGAAAGCAAAAAGACACCUCGCUAACUUGGACAAAACGUUUGGAAAGGGGAAAUAUUCAGCGACAAAUUAACUCGGUCCAAAGUUAAAAGUUUUAUUAGUGAUAAUAUGUAAAGCAAAAUUCAUUAAGAAGUGAUAGUUAUAUGGUUGUAAAAACCUUAUGACCCAAGAACAUUUCUGAAAAGUAUUCAUACUGUGGAUUCAUUUAUUGUCUUGGCUAUCAAUUUUCGUGGAUAUUUGUUUUCGUGGUUUUGCAAAUUUGUGCAUACAAGGCCUGUAGAAUUUUUUUUUAAUUCGUUGAACAUUUGAAUUCUCGGUUCACCUGUACCCACAAAACCAACGAAAAUGGUAUCCAAAGAAUAAUAAUGAAUCCACAGUUUAUCACUCCAUAUUAAUAAAACUUAAGUAAGUUUUUCUAUAUGAAUGGGAUUUUGAAUAAAUAGGCAUAUUCACCACGGAAAAAAUAUUUUCACCGCGCAAAAUGUCGCGUGCUUUUAAAAUCAUUUGAUGAACAAUAGGUUCUAGAAAAUGAUUUUCAUAACAUUUUAUUUCUCUCUGAGUAAACUCUCUCGAUAUAUCGAAUAAAACAAUUACUGGCUUUUGAAACAAACAAAAGCCAGCAAUUGUUUUAUUCGAUAUUAUUUAAUAUGUGGUUUUAUUGACUUUUGAAAAAAAAAAUGAUAUUCACUUCGGCCGUUGGCCUCAGUAAAUAUCAGUUUUUUUUUCAAAUGUCAAUAAAACCACAUAUUUACGUCAUCAACACACAGUGAUUGUAUAUUUUUAAAUAUUUAAUAAUAAAUUCUUGAAUGAAUGAAUGUAUUAAUUCACAAAGUAAUUCAUUUUUUUAUGAAUGACUGAAUGAAUAAAUAUAUAAAUAAAAAAAAUAAAUGAUCGAAUAAAUAAAUAAAGAGAUACAUCAAUGUAUUUUUUUUCGAUUCAUUUAGGAAGUUUGUACAAAUUCAAUCUUAUAGAUAUUGGUAAUUUAGUUAAAUGGUGCAUUUUAAAUAACUUAUACAUUCUACUAACACAUACUACGAUCUAAUUCAGAGCACAACCCUCUUCCCCGCCAGUAUAUGUACUGUCAAACAGAAACCAUUCUGGUCAACACUUGAACUCUACACUUGUUUAGCCAAAAUCAUUAUUUGUUUUACAAAAAUCGUCAAUUUUCCAUUUUAAUGACGUCACAAUCAAAUUCCAAUAUCAAUACUAACAUCAUUAUGACAUUCUUGUAAAGUCCAAUAUUUGGCAGGUAUGAAUUGUAGGCAAUAAUGAUUUCAUCAUUUGUUGUUCUUCUUCGUUUUACUAGUAGUUAAAUCAUUCAGUAAUACGUGGAUUACAGACAAAUUACAUUGAAUUUCAUUACGUAAUCUGUGAUAUUUUAAUUUGAUAUCAAUAACACGAAAAUAAAAAAAAAACUAUAUCAAUUAUGUGUAUCCAAUUUUUGAAUUUACCUUCAUCAGAAAAGUCCAAACAAAAUAUGUAAAAGGCAAGGAUGUAUGAAUACUAGGGAUGUCGAUCGUUUGCGAAAUCAAUACUCAUGUACUCGAAUACAAGGAUAAUAUCGGUAACAAAAGAUUUAAGCCCAGUGUUUUUGGUCUCAUUUAUCAUCCCAAAAUCAUCAAAAUAAUUAACCGUGCGCAAUACAAAGGACAUUUAAAUACACGAACAAUUAAAGGAAUCCACAGUUAACGAUCUGUAAAAUUUAUACAAAUAUUAUCCGAAAAAAAUGCUAAGUUGUAUUGAAAUAAUGAAUAACUUUUUUUGCAGACGCCAAAAAAUGCUAUGGCAGAAUAAACAACACAUAUUACACAAUUUAAAACAUGGAUAUACAGGAGAGAACAAUGAAAAAGAAAAAAACUGGUAUCAUGCGGCUCAUCACAAAGGGACACCAUUUUGUUCUUAUAAAAUCAAUUAAUUAAUUAAUGAUGUUUCAAAUUAUAAGUUAGAAACGAGUGAUAAAUGACCCUUCAUCAAGUGAUUCCGAUGGGCACUAAGCAGGAUACUUCACAUUUAUAUGAUUAUGGAUUUUUGAAAUUCAACCACAAAUGUAAAUUCAGCAACUCCCUGGCUAGAAUUACGGUAUAUCACAUGACAAUCUUCUAAAAAAUCCUUGAGUUGACUGAAAUAUAGAAAUAUGGACAUCACUGACUCAUUUCUCUACCAACAGUAAAACCCUUGCCAAAAUAGAGAGUCCGUUUGACUAGGGGAUGUUGAAAUUCGCAGAAACGUCUGGUCAUAAUGGGGACUUUAAAUCCAAUGUCUUGUGUAGAGAGAGUGUCAGUCUAUGCAAAAUUUAACCAUUGCAUACAAGUUUUUCAAGUGUCUGUAGGUGGCCUGUUGCAAGGUUAAAUUUCUAUACUGAUCCACUUUUUCAUGAAGGUAUAUUUCUCGUUUGUUAUCAAAAUACACUGUAAAUCGCCGACAUCGGAACUGACGAUAAGGUCCAGGUUGCGAUUCAAGAGGUUGACUGAAACAUAAUUUUCCUUGCAUGUGUACAUUUCUCUGACUACCAAAUUUUUUGAACAUCUCGCUCAGGAAAACGAACCAUCUGGAUGUAGUUUAUUCACGUGGCUACUUAAAUCUAUCAUUUCUGGAAAAUGUUCACAAUAAAAGCGUCAGCAUUAAUUUAUUAUUAUUACACCUUUUUUUUUUAACUUCAUGAUUCGCUACCUUUGAUUUCGCUAACGUUUAGGUUUGUAAUUACAUAUACAAAUAAUGUAUAUUUGUUUAUUUUUAUCUCAAGCGAAAGAUGUCUGAAAUGAUUAGAUUUGUUAUAAAGAAUAACGUGUCAUAGAUAUCAUAAAUAAACACAUUUGUUUCUGUU